GCGGGCUGUAGCACGGGAUUGGUUGGCUUGUUUCUGCGGUCUCUCGCCUCCGCCCGCAUGUCGUCGUCUACCUUGGAGCUGCUCCGCGCGGGCCAUGAAGACAUUGAGAGCUUCGAGCGCGCGAUCGUCUCGAUCCUCAAUGAGAAGCCUCGCAACCACAAGGCGCGCGUGCUCCAUGGCCACAAGGUGAGCCAGCUCUUGGACAACGUGACCGCGCGCAGCCGCGAAGUGCUCGACCUGUACGACGACAAAGAAGGCGCGUUCAAGGAAGAGAUCGACACGCUGCAUGGUCGCGCCAAUUUUACGUCCUUUUACGACCAGCUCAAAAACAUCCGCGAGUUCCACCGCAAGUACCCGAACGUCGAGGUAUCCCACGAGCCGUCGUCGCUGGACGCGGCCAUGGACCCGACCGUUGAGUUCUCUGGCGAAGAGCGCUUUGGCAAAUACCUUGACUUGCAUGCGUUCCAUACGCAGUUUCUCAACCUGCCCGUCUUUGCAAGUGUCAACAAGAUGAAGACGGCCGACACGAGCAAGGUCCAGCGCGGCCGCACGCCCGAGUACAUUGACGCGCCCGUCGACUACAUCUCGUACCUCGGACGGUUUGCGCAGUUCCACAAGAUCCCAGAGGCCGCAAAACUCUCGGACACGCGCUACGAAGCGUACUUGAACGACCUCCUAGCGUACUUGAAGGACUUUUACCGCCGCACGCAGCCGCUCGUGGACCUCGAUGACGUCGUCAACGACGCGCAGACGCAGUUUGAGAAGGACUGGGCGCGCCAUACCGUCCAGGGCUGGGCGACCUCCGUCAACACGUCAUCGUCGACGUACUGCAAAGCGUGCAACAAGCAGUUUGCGUCCGACGCGGUCUUCAACGGCCAUCUCAAGGGCAAGAAGCACAUCAAGGCCGCCGAGCAACUCAAGCAGCGUGAAGCCACGGGCGAGCCCGCCAACGACAGCCGCAAGGGCCUCGCCCACCUCGAGGCGCAGAUCAAAACGCUCGUGGGCCUCCUCGCCGAGGUUGUCCACGCCACAAUUUCGUUCCUCGAGCUCAAGCAGACGCGGACACCGGAGGAGCUCCAGGCCGAGAUCCUCGAAGAAGAAGACGAUGCGCUCUCGGACGUCGAGAUUGACAAUGACAAGGUCGACGACGACGACGAGCAACCGUUCUACAACCCGCUCAACUUGCCGCUGGGCUGGGACGGCAAGCCGAUCCCGUACUGGCUCUACAAGCUCCAUGGGCUCGGCGUGGAGUUUACAUGCGAGAUCUGCGGCAACCACAGCUACUGGGGCCGGCGGGACUUUGAUCGGCACUUUCAGCAGUGGCGACACGCCCACGGCAUGCGCUGCCUCGGGAUCCCCAACACCAAGCACUUUCACGAUAUCACCUCGAUGGCCGACGCCCUCGCGCUGUACGAGAAGCUCAAGGAGCAGCUCGAGAAGGAGACGUGGAGCAAGGCCAACGAAGAAGAGUACGAAGACUCGGAAGGCAACGUCCUCAACAAAAAGACGUACGAGGAUCUGUCGCGCCAAGGCUUGUUGUAAUCCGCAUCCGAGGAGGACGCCGUGAUCCACUCGC